AUGGACCUGGAUGAAGACGCCAAGCCGAACCUGAUGGCAUUGGACAUGAGCGCGAACGCGAGCGUCAGGAGCGACUCCCUCAACGCGUUCGACCACCCUGACAUGCAGCAGCAGCAGGGGCCGAAAGCAGCCAUCAAGCGCAGAGCCCCAAUCGCCUGCCGAAGUGUCUUCCCGCAACGCGGCCAGCCAGACCUCGACCGCGAGUAUCGGCACCCGCGUUUACGGGCCGAGAAGGCCGCCAAACGCGAAGCCGACAAGGCUCGUCGCAGCGCUGCCUCUGACGGCGUCCCCCGGGGCCCAGGCGCGCCGGCCGCCCGGAAGCCCGCGGACGAGUGGGCCCUGCUCCCGCCGCUCCCUGAGAUCAUCGACGCCGUCCACGUCUUCACGAGCAAGUACUUCCAGCUCGGCUUCAUCCCGAAAGAGCUGCUGCCUCAGCAGCUGCACCGCGACCACCGCUCCGUCAGCGUGUUUCUCGUGCUCGGCAUCCUCAGCGUCUCGGCGCGCUUCUCGCCCACGCUGACCGAGCGGUACGGAGGGGAGAUGAAGGCCGUCGACUUCUUUAUGGAACGGGCCAGCAGCCUGGCGUUGAAUGAACUGUACCAGGAGCCGACGCUGGAGAGGUGCCAGGCAUUCUAUCUGCUCAGUCUGGCGCAGCAGGGCAGCGGAUGGAGGAACCGGAGCUACAUUAACAUUGGGAUUGCAACGAGAAUGGCCGUUUUGAUGCACUUGCAUCGGGAAGAGUUCUACAAGAUGAAGAAUCCUACCAGGGAGAUGAUCAUCAGGGCGGAGUCGGCAAGGAGAACUCUGUGGAUGCUUCACAGUCAGGAUAACCUCCACUGCGGCGCCUUGUCGCCCGUCUCCCUCGCCGCCAACGACAUCACCGCCCUCCUCCCCAGCAACGAGGACGACUUCGCCAACGGCCGCGAGCCGUACUCCCGCGCAGCUCUCGAGGACACGCCACCGGCGCGCGACAACCCGUCCCUGAUCCACCAGCCCUCCCGAUCUCUGUUUGCUAGCUUGAUCCAGGCACACUAUUACUGGGGCAAGGUUGCUAGGCGCGCAAUGGCGACGAUGAAGAGCGCCAACCCCUGGGACCCGACGAGCGAGUACGCGAUCAUGGCGAAGCAGCUAAUGAACUGGGAACACCAGCUUCCUGCCGACCACCGAUGGAGCAUGGUGUUGCUGAAGGGACACAAGACUGUUGGCGAGGAUUUGGCCUAUUUGGGUGUCACGAUGAUUACGAAGCUGUGCAACAUUGUUCUCAGGAGGGCGUACUUGGACAAUAUCAUCAAGACGGACGAAAAGGACACCCAACGCCGGAGCUUCUUCUCACAAAUGUCUGACGACCUCUUCCGCAACGUCCGGGAGCUGUACGAGCAGGUUGACGCGCAGUUCAGCGUCAGGUCGUCGGAAGAGGGUGUCGGGGCCCAGAUGGCUUCCUUCUGCGUUUACAGUUGCGGCUUGUUUUCGACGUACAUGGUCAAGUACAAGAACAUCUGCUCCGACAAGUCCAUCGUAGCACAAGCGCCGAACAUGCUCCAGCGCUGCAUGUCCAUCCUGAUCGAAUCCAAGCAGACAUGGCCGCUCGCGUCCCGCUGGCUGGAGUCCCUCGAGCGUUUCUCCCGCGAUCCCAAGGCUGCCGCGUAUAGUAGCAUGGCAGACGGCAAUGACCGCACCCUCCGCCCAUUACAUCCCUCGCCCUCCACCUUCAACAAGCCCCGCGCAGAAACCCCGAAAUACCAACUACCCGUCCCUCUCCCCGGUCCCCCGGCGACACCCCUCAACGAGAAGAAACCGCCGCCCCUCCGCCACAACAGCACCAGCAGCAACACCUCCAACAUCCUCCCCCCGCCGAGCCCGUCGCCCAGCAUCCAGCAACAACACCAGCCGCAGCAACAGAACGCCCCUUUCCCGCUGCCGCCCCUGAAUACGCCUCAGUUGCUGCAGCAGCAGCCUCUCCAACACCAACAACACCUCUCUCCGCACCAACAACCACCACCGCAACAACACAUGCACCAAUUCCACCACCAACAACAACCGCCUCCUCCUCAAAGACACCACCAACCUCCACCUCCGCACCAGCACCAGAUGCAACAGCAACAGCAACUACCCCCGGAGCUGCAGCAGCACUUCUCCCCGACAAUGUACGCCCAGGCCCCGCCGCCAUACAGCCCCAACAACGGCAUGGGCAUGCUCGUCCAGGCCGCCUUCGACACCACCAACCCCAUCGGCUCACCGGGCUACGACCCGAAUGUGGCGGUGUUCUACUCGUCCCCCGGCUCCGCGAGCAUCACCCUCGGCCCCGGCACCGACGGCUUCGAGUGCGAGCUGCAGAGCUGGUUCGACGGCACCGCGCCCGUGCAGGCGACGAGCUGGAUAGGGAAUGGCGCCGCGGGGUUGGGGUGGUUUGGGUCGAACUAA